AUGGCUUCUUCAUCUGGUUCAUCAUUCUUGAUGCUCCCCAUUGCCGAUGAAAACAGCCAAGAAAUCCAACACCUCUCAUUCUACAAUCUCAAAAACAACAAACCCUACAACCUCAAAUUCCCACCAAGCCUCAAAAACACACAAUUCCAAUGCAUUGGUUCCUCCAAAGGGUGGCUUGCUUUCUUGGACCAAACCCUAAAAAACCCUUUCCUCUUCAACCCCUUCUCCCAAACCCUAAUCCACCUCCCCCAAAACCACCCCAACAUAACCAAACUCAUCCUCUCCCAAGACCCCUCCCUCCGCCCCCACACCUACGCCGCCGUCGCCAUCCAAACCCCCCUCUUUAACGCCAAGCUCUCCUUCUCCCGCAACCGCGACUCCACGUGGCAUGACCUCCCCAACCAGACCGAGACCUACUACGACGCUGUAUGCUGCGAUGCAACAAACACCCUCUUCGCCCUAGCCCCCGGUUUGCAAGUCGAGUCCUGGAACUUGAACGAUGAUUCUCCUACAAAGACGGCGAUAAUUAGGGCUUCUUUCCCUAGUUCAUUGCGUCUCGCGAAGGAGGCCUUCCCGCGUGAUCUCUACUCGUCUCAAUUGUACCUUGCCCUCGCCUCCAGAGGCGGUAUAAUCGUGGCGGUGAGGUAUGUCGGGGAGUUUGUGAGGUACGACGGGGAGGCGGUGUACGAGGGAGACACGCUGACGGACUACAUGGCGGCACCGCUGGUGUGUCCGUACAGGACAAUGGGGUUUCGGGUGCUUAGGGCUGACGUCAGCGGAGGGGAGUGGGCUGAGGUGGAGGGUUUGGGGGAUUCUAUGGAGGCCAUGAUUUUGGGGUUUUCUGCAUGGAGGAUUCGAGAUUUGAAGAGGUUCUUGAUUUAG